CCUGCCGGCAAGGUGAUACCCGGGGACGCCGUUUUCAUCCAUCCACGCGCUAUUUUUUCACGCGUGAGACGCGGAAAGCGACUCUGUGGCUGCUCCUCUCGGCUUUCUUCGGGGUCAUGAGGAGCGGGGCUGAAGUUUGAGCGACUCCGGGUUGAUGCUGUGAAUUAAACACAGAGGCGAAGCCCUUUGUGUUUAUUAUCGCUCUUCGGGGUGCUGUCUUGCGCGCAGGAGGAGAAGAAACGGCGGCGGUUCUCCCGGUGUUGGGCUGUUGUUUGUCUCCAGAAGGAUGGUGCUGGACAAGGAGGAGAGUGUGUCUCUCGUGUCCCUCCAGUCCAGAGAGAAGCCGAGGGGAUGUGCCGGCUGCAACAGGAAGAUCCGGGACCGCUUCAUGCUGCAGGCGUUGGACAGGUACUGGCACGAGGACUGCCUGAAGUGCGCCUGCUGUGACUGCCGCCUGGGCCGGGUGGGCUCCACCCUCUACACCCGGGCCAACCUCAUCCUCUGCCGCAGGGACUACCUGAGGCUCUUUGGGGUGACGGGGAACUGUGCAGCCUGCAGUAAGCUGAUCCCUGCCUUUGAGAUGGUGAUGAGAGCCAGAGACAACGUCUACCAUUUAGACUGCUUCGCCUGUCAGCUCUGCCGCCAGAGAUUUUGCGUGGGAGACAAGUUUUUCCUCAAGAACAACAUGAUCCUGUGCCAGCUGGACUAUGAAGGAGGCCAUCUUAAUGGCAGCACAGAAAGGCAGCCUCAGUAAGAGAUCUGGACAGGACGACUGUGAGCCAGCUGGACCCCGACACUCACAGCAGCGCAGUCAGCUCAUCAGCGUCCUCUUUCAGACUGAACAAUGUGUGGAAACAACGCUGACAUUUCCAGCAGCCCAUGAUUGAACUCUUUAUUGCAGAGCUGCGUGGUAACGAUCCUGAACGCUGACGUCUCUGAUCAGAAGCACCAGAGACGGAGCAGGAAGUGAAAAUGGAACUAUGGGGUGGAUAUUUUCCAGAGCACUUAAUGUGGACUGUGAUGGUUCUGCCCUUUUAUUUUUAACAUUCUACAAAUUAUUGGAAGAGUCUGUUCACCAAACUUGAAACACGAGAUGGAUGGAGUGAAGCCAGUCUGGCCAACAUAGCAUCAACCAAGUCAUCCAUCACAGAGAAAAUCCUAACUUCUCUUUUUUAAACUUCUGUCUGCUUGUCAGAUUGUUCUGGCAGUCCCUGAAGCCCACCCACCUGGCACGUACGAAAGCCCCCCAAAAACAACCCGAAACAUACUUGCAAAUACCAUUUGGCUCAGUUUAGCAACUGAGGAGGAUCAACUGCUUCUCCUUCAUCUCGCUGAACCGUGUGGCACUUCAAA